AUGGUGCAUCUAGAGAUGACAACCGUUUUACCAUACUGUCACACAUUGUGUAUAAAUGAUCUGCCGAAUGAAUUACUUAUUUACAUAUUUUCAAUGAUCGAUUUUGAAUCCCUGCUGGCCGUAGCUAAGGUGUGCAUGAGAUGGCAACAACUAUGCAUGACUCCAUGUAUCUGGGAUAACACACGCCUCAUUGUCUGUAUGAAGAACUAUGUGAGAAUAAGCGAUAGUAUUGUGCCAUUUGUGGCCAAGUAUUUAAAAAAUGUUAAAUUACAGUAUUUCAAAUUGUAUUCUCAAGUCCGGGCUUCCUUAAUCAGCUACUGCCCCAAUUUGACUCACCUAGAAAUAAGCAUAUCACAAGUUGAUAGUUGCAUAUUCGAUGACCUAGGAUACUGGCCUAAUUUGAAAUUUCUCAGCUUUAGGAACUCAUUGAUAGUGCAAAGUAAUGCGAAUGCAAAUGGGAAUUUUGUCUAUCAUUUACCAUUUGAGAAGUUGAAGUACCUUGAAACCCUUAUACUGUCUAAUUUCGCAUUAACCCACAACAGUUUAUACAGUAUGCUACAAUGUGUUAAUUUAGUCAGUAUUAACAUGGAAAAAAUGAAGAACAUACCAUCAGACUUUCUGGACUCUCUGUUAAGAACUAAACAGAGCAGUUUGAGGGCCCUGCACAUUUACGGGGAUACACUCAAUGAUGAUAUAAUAUGUUCAAUAUCAAAAUGCAAAACACUUCAAGUAUUACACAUCAUGACUUGUAAAACUCUGUUUGAUUCUAGUCUCUUGCAUCUAUACAGAUUGAAAAAUCUGAGGUCCUUGAAAUUACGUCAUGGAUACUUUUCAACUAAUGCUCUCCUUGCAUACUUCUCCAACAACAUCUUUCAACAUUUAACCUACCUAAGUCUGUCUAGAUGUCACCAUGUUACUAUGCAAGUAGCUAAAGCUAUCAAAGCUUGUGCACCAAAUCUGAAAGAACUAUCCUUCUACCUGUGUCCAUUUAUUAUUGCAACUGAUUUUAAGAAGGAGGAAUUACAGGAAAUGUUCAAUAUAGAUUUACUGCUAGACUAG